UGGAAAACGUUGGCCCUUGGCCCUUUCCUGUCGGCCAUUCUUGCCAUUCAUUUGACAACAGCCCAGGAAAGCACAACAAUGGCUUCGAUAACCACGAAUCGCGCAACAGUAAAGGAUUUAGGUGCCAAAGUUCAGGGAGCGGAAAACGGGCCUGACUACUGUGAUCCUGCAUUGUGCGGCGCUGGCCAUAAACAUGUGGCUUGCAAUAAUACAAUCGGACUGCAUAGCGAAUGUUCCCUUGACGCUGAGAUCCUACCCAUAAAUGAGAAGCUGCAAAAAUUUUUAGUACGUCGUUUCAAUGAGCUCCGGGACAGCGUUGCCAAGGGCGGAUUCAACGGAUUGAGCCCGGCUGCUCGUAUGGGCACUUUGAAGUGGGACCUGGAGCUUUCUCACCUAGCCGAGUUCAAUGUGCAGGACUGUACCAUGAAAUCCGAUGAAUGCCGUAACACUAAGAAAGCAAUCUACGCUGGCCAGACUGUUGGAUAUCGAGCCCUUAAAGGAAAGAUCCCAGAGUUGGAGGACAUUCUCAAGGAUAUAACAGGGAUGUGGAUGCGGGAGAACUCCGGAACAUCGAUGUUGGACAUUAUGAAGUAUAAGGAACCGGAAAAGGGACCGCCCAAGUACAAUUUUGUACAGAUGGUAUUGGAGAACGCUGAAUUUGUCGGCUGUGCCAUUCUUCAGCAGACACAUAACGCCUGGCUGCAGAUAUUCUUCACUUGCAACUAUGGCCAUGCUCCAGUAGUGGGUGAGCCGGUCUACGAAAACGGACAGACUGCGGGAAAACUCUGCAAGACCGGAGUCAACCACGACUUUGUACAUCUAUGUUCCGAAACCGAGACCUAUGUGAAGAAUGCACCAAAAGUGGUCAACUCGUCAAAUUCUGAACAUAAAGCAAGAACUGUGAGAAAAGGAGACUUUGUGAUGCUAAGGAGCGAUGGAAUACAGCCAAGGGAUGGCUCACCUGGGGCCGCAGGGGAAGCCACUACCGCAGUCCCAGCUGCCGAAGGAGCAGCCACACCAGCGGCUGAAGGAGCAUCUGGUCCUCCCACCGAAGGAGCACCGACUACACCAGCCACUCCAGGAGCUGGUGGAGCAACUACUCCGUUGGCAGGAGAAACGCCUGCUCCAGGACCUGGAACUGAGGCACCGAAACCUGUAAAACAAAGUCCUCUUGAAGGUGUAUUGGAACCCACGCCAGAACCUCUUGACAAAGCGGCUCUGCAGAAAAAAUUUGCCCGCUUUCUUGUGCUGAUGAAGCAGGCUGAGAAGCACCAUGGUCGUCGAAAGAUCGUCGUGAUAACCAGCAACCACGAGGUGGAAGAUGACCGUGCCAAGAGGAUUGGUGGUGUGGACAGAUCCAAUUUAAGAACAAUGGAGGAAGCUGUUUACAGGAGGAUGCGCAGUCGGAGACUAGAAAUUGAACGCAGCGGAAUAAUGGCGCGGUCCAUGAGUCACAGCUCCCUGCUAACCAGACGCAGUCGCCCAAAACAGAGCUCCUUUUGGGCUCCCCAGUGGGUUGGUAUAGCUAAAUAGUCAAAAUUAUCUUCCGGAUGUUCGUAUUGGAAAUCACAAUUAGGAAAAAAAGGGUUUAAAACGUUUUUUUUUUAAUUUAAAAAUCGUUAAGAAAAAUGUAAAGAUUUCAGUUUAUCUGAAACCAAUUUUUAAUAUAAACUGAUUUCCUAAAACCUGCGAAAUUUGAGACAUUUCAUUGAAUAAAAAUCAAUAUCCUUUAACCGACCAUUAUAAAAUUA